CACAAGUUAAAUAAAUGGUGAAAAAGCUUGAAAUUACGUCCAAUUCGAUUGAAUUCGAAGCAUAAAAUUUGAAAGAGGUUAUUUGAGCGAGUUGCUCGAUGCCGUUUGAGUGAGACAGACUGCGAAAUAAGGGAUGACUCAAAGCCUUUUGUAAUGUCUAAAUGGAAAUAUCUGAACUGCCACGGUGAAGCAAACAUGUGGAGGUGAGAAGAUUUUCUGUGGGUUUGAACCGGAUCUCACUCUGAAUCACGUUCGAGCUGUUUCUGCAUCAGCAGCACCCCAGCAGGUUCUGUGGCUCCUCUGUUGCAAUGCUGAACUAUGAUUUACUGGAUAUUGUUGAAACUAAAUGCAUAACUUUGCAUUUUCUGUACAUUUUUUUAUUACCCACGACCAGGGGAGAGUAAAGAUGAUGGCAAAAGUAAUUAUUAUUUUUAAUGUUCAGAUCUUUAUGUGAAUUUUGCCUGGUUUUUGUAUUCUUACAGUCUGUGCACAGAAACACAGGAGACAUUUCGCCUGCUGAGACGUCAGAGGCCACACAACACAAACAAACCCACCGACUGUAUCCAGCACUGCCAAAUAUAAACAGAUUUGAGGUUUGCUUGCCUCUCGGCUCCACUGGGGAAAAACUUUGCGCAGCUGCUGAGAGUCACAGCGAGCAGAAACACACACAGUUGGAAGAGCCGCUCAGCGGUUAUUACGCCAUGAAAGAACAGAUUCUCAUCUUGGAGCAGCAGAAUAAAGAGCUUCUUGCUAUUAACAAUAAGUGGGCAAAAGAGUACAGAACAAUGGUGCAGUAUUACAUGAAGAAGGUCCAGUUUUUGAAAGCAUUAAAACAAGAAGGUGUCUCUGAAGAGGAGAGAAGCGAUGAAGAAGAGAUGCCUGUCGUAUUCUGUAAAAAGGAAAAUGUCCAUAAAGGCACCCAGCCUGGGAAAGACGGAGUUCGAACCGAGUUGCGCACUGCAGAGGAGGAAACCGAAGAGCUGCGAGCGCAGAACCACACUCUGACCCGCAGGUGGCAGCAUCAGCAGGAGGAGAUCAGGAGGCUCAACAAGGCCUUAGAGGAGACUCUUCAGAGAUCUCAGCCUGUGGAGAACAGCAGUGAAACACUACAAGACAUCUGGAAACAUCAGGCUGAAGUCUACAAGGAGGACUUCCUGAAAGAGCGCAGGGACCGGGAGAAGCUGAAGGGGAAAAAUCUGGAACUGGAGAAGCGAUAUAAAAAGGUUCACGACGAGCUGCGAGUCUUCAAAUCCCAGGUGACCCUGGCGCAGCCGGUGCACCGCUGUUCCUGCACGAAUCGACCCAAACAUCCAGACAGGGGGCAGCAGCAGCAACGCUACACUUUCAGCAGCAAAGACUGAAUGAAACGUUUAGAGUUUUGAACCGUGAUGUUUCAGUGGAUCUCGGUUGGAGGAGGAGGUCCGGAGAGAAGAGCCUUCAGAAGGACAACCUGCAGCAGCUUCAGGCUACUGAAGGCACAGAAAGUGUUGCGCUGUCAAAACACUAUGACGGAUACAGACUUCCAGACGGAUACAGAUUUCCAGAGAAUGUUUUAGGGCAUCUUAGCAUGUCUGCAGGAAAGGAGGGAAUAAAAUGCAACCAUAAUGGUUUGCUUUAUCACAUAGUAAGGAAAAGGAGCUGAAUCUAUGCUGCAACUACAGCUUAUAGCAUCCGACUUCUUAUACACUAUUGACAUUUAACCACUUUUAGUACCUCGCAUUUUGCUUUUAAAGAUUGGAAAAAGACAAAAAAAGAAACUCUAGGAAGUACCUGAUGAAGUUCUUUGUCAAAAUAAGUUUUAUUUUAUAGAGUAUAUUUAUUUAUUUAGGUUUGAUGGAUUUAAUGGCACUUGUAUUUUACAUAGUUGUUUAUU